AUGGGUGACUCUCAACUUACCAGCGCCUCAAGUGGCGAUGAUAAGACCAAGGCUGUCCUUGACGCCCUGACUACGCUACCAAAAUUUGACUACACUGCUUAUGAGAACGGCAUACAGGAUCUCCUGGGCGUCGACUCGAAUGGCUGGUCCAAUGUUUGUUCUAGCGACCUAUACGGAGAAACACCAACUCUCGCAGGUGUGUCAAACAUCGUUCAACGCUUCAAGGUCCAGACCAUUGCCUUGGGCGUGUCUCGCAACAGCCAGUAUGGCUUCUCCAAUACUGUUGUCAUGAACAGCUUCCAGGACCGUCUGAACACAACGUCUUCCUCCAUAGUUGUCCCGGUGUACCGUAUGCACCUGGAGAAGCACAUGGCUGCCAAUGGCGUCCCUCUCCCAAUUGCGGAUUUGGCUAAGGACGUAGGAUUCUGCAGGGCUUUUAUAUCCAGGAUCCUGACGCCCGAAUUCAUCAAUGACGCACUUAUUGCCCGAUUCCUUGACCAGCCUGGGUAUACCGAGGCCAUCGCGUUCUUGUACGAGCGGCUGCGGCCCAGCUUGUUGCAGCAACCUGACACAGUCGCUUCCCGCGUCAGCCUGGCCGGAUCGAACGUGCCGUUGUCGACAGUGGUUUUGAACAGCCUUCCCAACAAUACCGUGUAUUCACAGACGGUCAUGGCGAGUCAGGACCUUUCCGCGGCUGGCAAGACGCAAGACUUCCUGUCGGCCUCGCUUCCCCUUGUCUGGUCAGACAACAAACUCCUCCAGGGACCACAGUUUCCCACCGUCGGAGUAGCCUGGGCUAACCUCUGGAUGGCGAACACUUUUGCCACUGGGGUCAUAGCCAACCUCAUCAACUCUGACGUGAGUUACCAAUACUUCCCCGGGCCGCCUGGCGGGGUUGGAUCGACGUUUGCCAUCUACGGUGACAAACUCUGGCAAUGGAUCAAAUCGCAGGAGGCAAAUGGGAACGGGGAUGUCUUCCACGUCACGCAACCGGAGAAUUUUAAUUACCUGUCCCCAUUUGGCUGCUUCGCCCCUGGCACAAUGAUCACGACGGAGGUCGGCGAGGUGGCCAUUGAGGACCUGGAGCCCUCAACACUCGUGAUGGCCAGGGCGCCGGGCCACUACGGCCGAAGUUCGUCUGAAAGAGUUGAGAACCCAACGGUGAUAGCCCAGCCUGGGCGCCAGCAUCUCGUAGUCCCCCUAUACGGCUUCAAUGGAGAGGAACCAUUCGUCACCGACGGGCACAUCUUCUUCACCACAACUGGCCCGAGAGCCAUCAACCCAGCCACAGCUACUGCUGAAAACAGCUCUGCAAAGAUCGGGCAUUUGCGCGAGGGCGACGUGCUCCUGCGCCUCAACCAUGAUAGAUCGGGAUAUGACAAGGUCAAGAUCGCAACGAUUACUCGGGAUGGUGCCAAAUGCAGUACCGUUCACGGCCUCCAUCUCGCCAAGGGCAGUGACGGAGGACACAGGUACCACGCCAACGGCUACUGGGUGGGCGAGAACUACCCGCAGCUCACGAUCAAAGGUCUUCUGAAUAAAUAUCACACAAUGACCCCGGCCGAUCAGAGAACCUUUGUCAAGCACGUCGCCAAGCUCCCGCACUGUUUCCGCCAGGUCCUCGGACCAGCAGUAUAUGACACCGUGCAGCGAACCUUUGCGACCAUCGGCAUGCCGACGCAUGCUAACUCGGCGUCCAUCCAGAGGAGGCAGCGCAAAGAACCGACAAGCAUCCUUGGUGCCGUCGAGGAAGCUGGACGCCAUCACAUAUCCAUCAUGUCCGCCGUGGCGCAUUAUAGAUUGGUGAACCACGACGAGUUGCGCAAGUCACGCACCAAGCUGGACACCACGACCCCUCGCUAUGCCAGAACCAUAGCUGAUCUCAAUGGCGACGUUGUUCUGCCCGAGGUGACAAUGUGCCACGGCGCCGUGGUCGUACACGACCAGGGGUCUCUCUCUCUGGUGCGCAACGCCUCCAUGUCCCACCUGGCUGUUCAAUGGUCGAGCCCGAUUCGAGGGCACCCUGGCAUGUAUCAGCAUGGCGUCCUGCGCGCCGUAUACCACGGCAAGGCAGCCCUCGGAUACGUCGCAACUGGUCCUGCCGAGGCCAAGAGCCUCGGGGAGUUGGGGUCGAUUACUCCCGUCAUGGCUGUAUCGACUGCCAACACAUACAACAUCAAUUUCGGGACAAAGAUAUUCGCCAGCUCGACAGAGGCCAUUGCAGCCAAGUCAAGUGACCCUGAUGGCUGGACUCCGUUCUGGAAGGUUGUCAUUGGCCUGGUGCAUGACCCUGUGUCGGGGGGAUUCAAAAUUGCGCUGUCGCUGCCAGACCUGGACCAACAAUGGGUUAACAUUCAUGGCAAAACCGCUGCGGACACCCCCCCGUACCAAGUGAUCCCACCCAAGCUCGACCAGAAGACCUAUGUCAUGAGCAUCACCGUGCAGGUAUGCCCCGGCCUGGAAGACAAGCCUGGUCUCUUGGACACGCUCAAGACCUGGAACCUCAAGGAUGACCAGGGCAAACCCGUUCCGGCGGGCCCAGCCUUCAAUCAGUUUUCCGUAUAUCUAAACCUCGAAACAAAUGAGGUCCAUGGCUAUUCUUACGAGCUGUCACCCGGAGAGACAUCCGGCACCUUCAAGAACGGCCCCAUUCACGGCCUGACCACGCCAGGCUCGAGUACCGUCUCCCACAUCCGAAAGACCGUCAACGACCUGGUUCAAAACGCCCCUUGCAUGCCUGGCUCCUUUGGAUCCGCAGACGUGAACGAUUCUUCCGCCAACUUCCACGCCCCUGCACAACAAGCGGCGCAGAUGCUGGCGACGAAGCUGUUCACCGCCAAAGACCUGUCCAUUGGUGAUCUGCAGACCACGCCAGCACCAUCCGAUACUGAUCUAAACAAGUUUUCGCAGGUGUAUAUGCAGAACGCGGCCAACUACUGGCGUCGGAAGGAGGAGACUGACCUGUUUGGCAACGACCAGGCCGCCAUGAAGACCGCUCUGCCCACGAGCGGGAGCCUCACCAACAACCUAAAUUCGGAAGGGCAAAAAUGGCUGGGCAUCUACGAUCGAGGGUUGAUGCUACAGGCCCUGCAGCGUGACGCCAAGUACUCAGGCAACUUCACUGACGCGGAGGGGUCAAAAAUGCAGUACUACUGGCAGGGCGGGCAGAAGGGCUGUCUCUCGAGCGGAGAGCAGUUCAACCGCAUCUCGGAGAUCUGCGGCCGCGAGGCGUUCCUGGCCCUAACGCCAGGCUUGAAGCCCUACAUCGAGGACUCGCGGGACUGGGGGAACUUGUUUUUCAACUUUGUGUCCACUGACGAGCAGCUGAACCUCCAGGUGUUCGGGAUGAGCCUCGAUCCUGGGGCGAGUAACUUGACCAACAGGUACUGCAUGAUCCUGAACGCUCUGGACUUUCAGAACCGGGAAUAUGCCACCACGCUCUGGCGCCUGGUCAGGGACAAGCUGCUCUGUAGCGUGAGCAACGGCACCAUCACGGGAGAUCAGAAAGAGACGCCCGAGUUCCUGCAAUGUUUUGUGGCGCAGCUCAUCCUCCAGGUCCAGACAGGGUCGAGCACCGAGCUGCUUGAUCAGCUCAAGAUCGACCUUGCCUCUCUUCAGAAACACUGGGGAACAAACGACGCCAAUGAGAUCGCGGCCAGACUCUUCAGCGCCGGGUAUGAGCUGGGCCAGUGCUUUAUCGAGGUGAUGAAGGACAUGUCAGACAUCAUCUCCCACCAGAGCAAGGCCAGCUUCUCCGAGGUGAUGAGCCGGUGGGAGAACAAGGUGAGGCUCAAGUACCCAGAUCAAGGGGACAGGCUGGUUGCGGGCCUGAGAUUUGGAACUGCGUUCAUCGGACUUGCGAUCGACGCCUUGGGUCUCUAUCAGAGCAUCAAGUAUCUCCAGGCGUGGGGAACCCUCACUGCGCCUGAAAAAGCCGAGGCGGUCAUCGGUAUGGUUCAGAUGGUCGUGCGGACCGGGACAGACCUAGCCAAGAUCAUCCAAACGAUGCGUGGUAAAGAUCCGAACAGCUUCGACUUCAAGAUCAACUGCGUCAAAUGGAACAAUACCACCGGCGAGGUUGGCGGGCACACUGUCAUCGAAAGAAUUGAGAACGCCGAGGGCGACAUGCUGAUCCAGCCGGCGCUGGAUGAUGAGAAGAUUGGCGACAUUAGGGAGGAGGCGGUCGAGGGGAUCACCAAGACUUUCCGGCUCUCGGAAGCGGUGGCCAGCAUCAUUGCCAUUGCGGCCAACAUUGCCGCGGCCGUCUGCAUGGGGUAUCAGAUCAGAGAUGACUUUAAGAAAGGGGAGGCGCCCGGUAUCGAGGCCAUGGAUAUUAUAACCGAGGUCGUGACUUGUUUGCAAGUCUUGUCCGGUAUCGCCGAGCUGGGAGCCAUGGUUUUGGGUAUCGAAUGCAUCGCCAUUCCCGUCGUGGGCGUCCUCAUUGCCGUCGUUGGCAUCAUCCUGAUGUUAUGCGAAAUGUUCGUCCCCCGUAAACCGCCUCCAGAUCCCGUCAAGGGAUACAUCAACGACAACAAACUGGGCUUUCUGCAGCCGAUCCCAUCUCCACCCGCCGUGGCUCUGACCUACAAGCUCACAGGGCAAUCCGGAGGCACGACUGUACCCGAGGGGCAGAAGUGCACCAUUACCCUCUCAGUGACAAACCCGGCCAACUUGAACAUAAAGUUCCGCUCGCUCGCCUUGCGCUUGCCCGUCGGCAGUGACGGAGACGAGCUAUUCGUCGCCCCGAGCGGGAAAGACGAGAAGACGGGCAAGUCGCCCAUCUACGACGUCGUCACGUAUGAUCUCGACGGGAAGCCCGAUGGGUGGUCCGUUCAGGGCGCACCGGUCGCGAACAACACUGACGGCUCAAUGAUGGCCAAAAUCAUAUCGACAAACAACACGGACGGAAGUUCGAUUCCUGCGGGGGGGUUGACGCUCCAUGUCACGGGUACCGUGAACAAGACGGCUGGCAAGGUUACGUUCCGGUUGCUCGAGGGAGCCGUGUCGCGCCCUGGCGUUCAAGAUAUCCCGGCGGGUGACUAUUACACCUUUUUGUAUCUGACCAAGGCGUAG